AAUUAGCAUUUUACCCUUUGUUUUAGUAAAAGGAAGAGCUCGAAGGGAAAGCAGCUACAAUGAACGCGACACUCUCCCCAUCUGCCCCCUCUCCGAAGACGCCCAAAAGAAGGGGAUCAACCCGUAGACGCGCCGUUUCUCAAUUGCCCCCCGUACAAACUCAGGAAACUCACGACGCUGCCCUACAUGCCAUUCGUAACCUUCUCAAAGGAAGAACAUCCUACGAUGCAUUUCCUGUCAGCUUCAGGCUGAUAGUACUUGAUACCAAACUGAAUGUAAAGAAGGCUUUGCAAUGUUUGCUCCUCAAUGGUGUCGUCUCUGCUCCGUUGUGGAACAGCGAAAAAUCAAAGUUCGCUGGGAUGCUUACAGUCCUAGAUAUAAUACAUCUCAUUCAAUAUUAUUACGACACUGCAAAUUACGAAGCUGCUGCUGCAGAUGUGGAGACCUUUCGGCUAGAAUCACUCCGAGAUAUCGAAAAGAGCCUCGGUGUAGCCACGCCUCCAAUGCUAGCAGAACAUCCAAAUAGCACCCUCUACAAGGCUGCCAAAGUCUUAAUUCAAACUCAUGCCCGCCGAUUACCUCUCCUUGAUUAUGACACAGAAACAGGUCACGAACUCAUCGUUUCUGUCCUAACGCAGUACAGACUUCUCAAAUUUAUCUCUAUAAAUUGCACGAGAGAAAUCCAUCAACUUCAUCUCUCGCUCCGGAAACUCAACAUCGGCACCUAUGUCUCAUCAACACCACCGCCUCCAAAUCCGGAAGAAAUUCAUAAUCCAUACUGGCCGAUCGCAACCGCAACGCUCGACACCCCUGUAUUUGACGUUGUGCAUAUGUUCUCUGAGCGUGCCAUAUCUGCAGUCCCAAUCAUCGACCAGGACGGUGUCGUCAUGAACCUGUACGAAACAGUGGAUGUCAUCACUCUUGUGCGUCUAGGAGCAUAUCAAUCUCUCGACCUUACGAUAUCGGAGGCCCUUAAUCAACGUUCUCCAGACUUCCCGGGCGUUGUGAUUUGUACGGCGGGGGACUCGCUUGGAACACUACUGCAGCUAAUCAAGAAGCGUAGGGUCCACCGGCUUGUAGUCGUGGAAGGAGAUGAGGAAGAGAAGAAAGGCGGAAAGAAAGGACGCCUGCUUGGCAUAAUCACACUGAGCGAUGUCCUUCGGUACGUUAUCGGUGAGGUGGGCAUCGGCGAUGCAAUCGAGUCAGUUGAGGAGAUUGCGUCCAUGUCCGCCGCCCCGGGCACACCGCCCUCUCCAGAUAUUAUCUCAUGAUCAUGGCUCACCGAGUCGGCGGAAUGAGGGUGUUCGUCGCGGAGUUUCGUUAUUUUAUGUGCUUUCCGAGUCUCAGUUAGCUGGAUCUGACUACGAGUUGUACGUUUUGCAUUUUCUGUACCCAUUAGAUGUCAUAGGAUUAUACGAUAAUGUUGCCGUACCUCUGUUGAA